AUAUAACCUGACUUGCCUACGAAUGCCGUCGCUGUCAUUUCUUUUCCAGUGGUUCGCGUCGUGCGCAAGGUAUCCAUGGGUAACAAACAGCAAUGCCGAAUUAUUACCGCCAGUGCUGCUCUGUUCCUGGCGAUCGGUGGCAUUCUUCUGCUCGUCAUCCCCACCGAAGAUAUAAAAGAAGAUGCAAAGUUCAUGUAUGGAAUAGUCCUGGAUGCUGGAUCCUCCCAUACUGCCAUGUACAUCUACAAAUGGCCCGCAGACAAGCAGAACGGUACUGGCAUUGUCAGUCAUCACAGCGAGUGUGAUGCAAAGGGAGGAGGAAUCUCCAGUUAUGCGGGCAACAGAGGAGGAGCGGCCCGUAGUCUUGAGGAAUGUAUGGAAAAAGCAAUGAAGGAUAUCCCAAAGUCAAGACACAAACUCACCCCUUUGUAUCUUGGGGCCACCGCAGGCAUGAGACUGCUGAAUAUUUCCGAACACAAAGAGUCCAAUGAGGUUUUGAAAGAAGUGGAAGACAAACUGAAGACCUACCCCUUCAGUUUCAAAGGGGCCACUAUCUUAAGUGGACAAGAGGAGGGGGCAUAUGGGUGGGUCACAGUCAACUACCUGCUGGAGAAUUAUAUCAAGUAUGGUUUUGUGGGUCAGUGGCUGUCCCCAGGCAGAGGCACGGUUGGUGCACUAGACUUUGGUGGAGCUUCCACACAGAUCACCUUUGUGACUAAACAAACGGUGGAGAACAAGGACAACCUGAUGAAACUUCGGCUGUAUGGACAAGACUAUCAGAUUUACACUCAGAGCUUUCUGUGUUAUGGGAGAGACCAGGUCUUACUCAGACUACUGGGACAUCUGAUUAUGACUCAAGGAUCAGACAGCUCUGUAGUUCACCCCUGCUAUCCUGCAGGUUACAAUGUCUCCAUUAAACUAGGCAGUGUGUUUGAAACUCCAUGCAUCAAAAGACAAACACCCUAUAACUAUGAUGACCUCCUGCAAAUAAAAGGCACUGGAAACUACAAUCAAUGUCUGGGAAACGUUUCUCGUCUCUUCUCUUUUAAUGACUGUUCUUAUUCCAAAUGCUCUUUUGAUGGAGUCUUCCAACCCAACAUUACCGGACAUUUCAUGGCAUUUUCUGCAUUUUUCUACACUCAUUCCUUCCUUCAGAAAGCUACAGGCAUCACCAUCACUUUCCCAGCACACUUAGAAGAUGCUGCCCAUACUCUCUGCAAUAUGAGCUUUCAGGAGAUGCGAAAUAAGGGUCUGGAUCAGGAGAACCGUUUGAAGGACUACUGUGCCGUCUCAGUCUUCAUGCAGGUGCUCCUGGGGAAUGGAUAUGGCUUUGAUGAUUUCUCCUUUCCACAUAUCUCCUUUCAGAAGAAGGCGGGAGACACAUCUGUGGGCUGGUCCCUUGGCUACAUGCUAACUUUAAGCAACCUGCUGCCUGCUGAAGAGGUGUUCCUUAGAAAGGCACUUCGCGCAGAGGCCUGGAGUGCUCUGAUCUUUGUCUUUUGCUUCCUUCUUGUUACGGCAGUAUUUUGUCUGCUGCGAGCCAACUGCAAGAAAGAAAAUGAUUAAUAACAAACAAAAGGUACUGUCUAAGUUAUAUUGUGUCCCUUGUACAUCAUUAUGCACUGAAAAGCUUUUCUGUCCUUUGGAUAGUUGGCCAACCUCUUAUGUUUACAAUAAACAGAAAAUAAUAAGGAUCCACAAUAACUUUUGUAUUACAUUUCAUCAACAUUUCUAUAUAAAUUUGAAUUUGAGAAGAGACUGUAUACCAAUAAUGCUCAGAACAGAAAACAUCUUGCCUUGAUUUUAUUUACUAAUUUCGUCAGCUUCAUGACAUGGGCACUCUGAUUCAAGAUACUUUUUUUUUUAAUGUACUUUCUGUACUGUAGGCAAGAUGGCUUGUGUGUGUGUGUGUGUGCUGUGUGUUAACAAUAUGUCUUAGAAAUUGGAAGCAAUGUUUUUUAAAUCAUGUUUUGCUGGAUUUAUUUGUGUGAUAUGUGUUGUAAUAGAAAGUACAAGGCACUGAAAACGUUUAUAAUGUAAAAUCUUGAAGAUGCACUGUAUGCGAUACACAAAUGUAUUGUCAUUUGGUAAUUUUAUUGCUUGCUUGUGUUUCUCCUGAGGAAUGUCAUUAAAAAAAG